AUGGCAGCAGAAGGAAUUGAUGAAGCUAUGCAAAGAGAAAGGAAUUCAGGUAUGGGCGUGGUCACCAUUGUGAUCAAACGGCGCCUCUUUGGGAUCUUUCUCCGACAUGCACAACCCCAUCCUCAAGGAAAUUGUCGACGCCAAUGGAAACUUCGUCAUGGGAGAAGAUGA